CCAGUCCACAGCAAGCCUAUUGAACAUUCCCCAGUCCACAGCAAUCCUAUUGAACAUUCCCCAGUCCACAGCAAUCCUAUUGAACAUUCCCCAGUCCACAGCAAGCCUAUUGAACAUUCCCCAGUCAACAGCAAGCCUGUUGAACAUUCCCCAGUCAACAGCAAGCCUAUUGAACAUUCCCCAGUCCACAGCAAGCCUAUUGAACAUUCCCCAGUCCACAGCAAUCCUAUUGAACAUUUCCUAGCCAACAGCAAGCCUAUUGAACAUUCCCCAGUCCACAGCAAGCCUAUUGAACAUUCCCCAGUCCACAGCAAGCCUAUUGAACAUUCCCCAGUCAACAGCAAGCCUGUUGAACAUUCCCCAGUCAACAGCAAGCCUAUUGAACAUUCCCCAGUCCACAGCAAGCCUAUUGAACAUUCCCCAGUCCACAGCAAUCCUAUUGAACAUUCCCCAGUCAACAGCAAGCCUAUUGAACAUUCCCCAGUCAACAGCAAGCCUAUUGAACAUUCCCCAGUCCACAGCAAGCCUAUUGAACAUUCCCCAGUCAACAGCAAGCCUAUUGAACAUUCCCCAGUCCACAGCAAGCCUAUUGAACAUUCCCCAGUCAACAGCAAACCUAUUGAACAUUCCCCAGUCCACAGCAAUCCUAUUGAACAUUCCCCAGUCCACAGCAAUCCUAUUGAACAUGGUAUAUAA